GGGAGCCCGCGAGGGGUGGGCCGGGCUGGCCCCGCCAGGCACUGGUUCAGAGGCGGGGUCGGCCCGGGGCUGGAGCAGGAAGCCGGAAGCUGGGGCUGCCGCUCCGGAGAUAUGGCCGGGAUUAAAGCGCUCGUCCUUCUGUCCUUCAGUGGAGCCAUUGGACUGACGUUUCUCAUGUUGGGAUGUGCCCUGGAGGAUUAUGGAGUGUACUGGCCUCUCUUCGUGCUCAUGUUCCAUGUGAUCUCCCCCAUCCCUCACUUCAUUGCCAAGAGAAUCACAGAUGACUCGGACGCCUCCAGCAGCGCCUGUCAGGAACUGGCGUACUUUUUAACGACAGGGAUCGUUGUGUCUGCUUUUGGACUUCCUAUCAUCCUUGCAAGAGUUUCUGUGAUCAAGUGGGGAGCCUGCGGCCUGGUGUUAGCGGGCAAUGCGGUCAUUUUUGCCACCAUUCAAGGCUUCUUCUUUGUAUUUGGGAGAGGGGAUGACUUCAGCUGGUAGCAGAGGGAGGAUGUCGGAGGGACACCACUUUGGACUCGUACUCCAUGAAUUCCUCUCAAUUGUUUGAAUCGUGAGGUGUGACGUCAUAUCACCUUCCCACAUUUUCAUGUGCCUUUUUUAUAUCUGGGUAACACAGUUUACUAAGAGGAUAUACCAGCAACUUAAACAGUUCUCUUACCAGCAGAUAGUUCUUUCCCCAUAUUCAUUUCUAUUCUAUUUCUGUAUUUAGCUUCCUUUUGUUUCCACUCAUUUUCCAGGUUGAGUUGUGUGUGUGUGUGUGUGUGUGUGUGUGCGUGUGUGUGUGUGUGUGUGUGUGCAUGUGUGUGUGUGUUGUUUUAAAAUUUAUUUAUGACAACUCUGCAAUCUGUUAGUGCUUACCAGUGCCACAAAGCUGGGCACAUAUGCCUAGGGAAAUUGCAGAUGGUGCUUGAGCUGGAGACAGUUAGAAACUGCUUGGGAGCACCAUACCAAGGGAGUGCUGUGAAGGGAGUUGGCAUGCCCAGCAUCCAGUCCCAUGUUAGGUGCUUAAUUCAUGUUAAUUGCAUGCAGAGGAAUUGAAUUGAUCGCUAAGGUCCCUCAUACCAUCUAGCUGUGAAGUAUGGAGGUGGUGAAUUCUUCAGAGCAGGGUAACUUCACCUGAGUCUACAGCUGAGGAUAGAUUUCUGGGGAUUUGGGAAUUUAGAUGGGAAAAAAUUUUUUAAAAGUUAGGUCUCCAUUUUGACUGACCUUUGGUUUCCUCUGUCAUUCUGUGUGUUUUGUUUGAUUCUGGGAAAGGGUCCCCAGGCUUGGCCUGAUUGGCCAAGGGAGAGGUCUGUGACACCAAGGCUGAGAACCCUGGCGUUAGAGUCCCAGUGAGUGCAGUGCAGUGGACAGUGGGCCAGCCUUGGUGUCCGGGAGAUCUAGCUUCAUGUCCUUCCUCUGGAUACAUUCUAACUGUGAGGCUCGAGGAAAUCACUCCAUUUCUCAUGGCCCCCAGGCAGUUCUCUAGGUCAGUUUCUAGGUAAAUGGCUGAUUUGCAUCAGUGGAAGGAAAUUUCCUUGGGGAAUUUUCUACAGGAUGAAAUUAUAGGCGUGGGCACCCCUUUCCCCCGAGUUAUUUAGAAGGGGACUGUACUGGGAAGCAGGUGACCUGGGUUCUAUUCCUGACUACGCGUUGUGACUUAAACUCUUUUGGCCUCAGUUGGCUUCCCUGUAAAAUGGGGCUGAUGCUCCCAUAGCAGCUUGAAGGCAGACAGCUAGGCCAUGUGCUUCUCAUGGGGUCCCUUCCAGGUCUAGGGUUUGUGAUGAUGUUGUUCAUAGUGCAUUGCUCCUAUGUUCCUCUUAAUUAGUAAAGGAAGUUCCCAGUAGAUGACCUUUCUCCCUAUCCCUUCAUUGGUGACUGGGUUCAAAUCCCAGCUGUCAUUUCCUGCUUGCAUGACCUCAUACAAGUCACUCCCCCUCCUCUGUGCAUCAGUUUCCUUAUCUGUAAAAUGAAGGUGUCAGACUAUAUGACUUCAAAGGCCUCUUCCAGGUAUAAGCCUUUAUUCUAGAAUUUAGGAACAUUGAUCAUUUUAACACAGGCAGUGGUAGAUGUGAGGACACAGGUCAGAAGCCCACCAGGGUCAUUGGGGGCCCGAGAAGAAGCAGGCUAGAGUGAGCCCUUUUUCUAAAGGAUGACUCGUUUCUUUCCUUCCUAUCCCUAACCUUUGGUUUCUUGUUCUCCCUUAUUAGCAGGGUCAUCGGACAGAAUUGAGCAGGGAUUCUCAUACACUUCAAUUCUUCCUUUUGGGUCCAUUUUCUUCUAAUUCUCUUUGUUUUUCCUUAUCAGCAGGGUCAUUGGGCAGAGUUGAGCAGGGAUUCUUUCUUUCCUACAGUUCUUUCUUUUGUGUUGAUGUUCCUCUUUCUAGUUAUUCCUUCACACCCUGUCCCCUUCUCCAGUGGGACAACGAGUACAGGAUGCGGAAGGUCUCAGUCAGGGUGGACAAGCUGCUUCUUCAUUUCACUAACCUGCCUGUGUAAUUGAACAACCAUUGUAUUUUUUUUUUUUUUUGGUGAGGCAAUUGGGGUUAAGUGACUUGCCCAGGGUCACACAGCUAGUAAGUAUUAAGUGUCUGAGGCUGCAUUUGAACUCAGUUACUCCUGAAUCCAGGGCCGGUGCUUUAUCCACUACGCCAUCUAGCUGCCCCCACAACCAUUGUAUUUUAUAAAAUCUGUCUGUAGCACCGACUGACACCUUUAUCAAUUCCUGUAACAUAGACUAUAUUGGAUAUAAUCAACUGACUUUUCUGCCUUAUGUUUAUUUUACUUUUAUGUACAUCAUUCUGAGUGGAAUAUAACCAUUUUACAAAAUCUGA